AUGCGGUACAUUCACUCCGAGGAACGGCUGCCCAUUCCGGACAAUGUGAAGGUUCACAUUCGUUCGCGGGUUGUGACCGUCGAGGGCCCCCGCGGCAAGCUCGUCAAGGACCUGUCCCACGUCGCCGUUACCUUCGGUCGCCCCGAGAAGGACAUCAUCUCGAUCGAGCUGCACCACGGUGCUCGCAAGGGUGUCGCUACCCUCCGCACCGUCCGCACCAUCAUCAACAACUUGAUCAUCGGUGUUACCCGCGGCUUCCUGUACAAGAUGCGCUACGUCUACGCCCAUUUCCCCAUCAACGUCAACAUCGAGAAGAACGCCGAGACCGGCGGCUCCGACAUCGAGAUCCGCAACUUCCUGGGUGAGAAGUACGUCCGCCGCGUCUCUGCCCGCCCCGGCGUUGAUAUUAUCACCUCUGCCAACGUCAAGGAUGAGCUCCAGCUCUCCGGCAACUCCCUGGAGGACGUCUCCCAGAGCGCCGCCGACAUUCAGCAGAUCUGCCGUGUCCGGAACAAGGAUAUCCGUAAGUUCUUGGACGGUCUGUACGUGUCGGAGCGGGGCAACAUCAUCGAGGAGUAA